AUGGCCUCUCUACCACAGCCAACUUCUUCCCUGACUCCGGCUGUCAUCUCUCUCUUGCGUAUCUUCGUUGUCACUUUCCACCUCGUCAUGGUUCCCGAUCCCAACCCUACUCCCCGUGCGCCCUUCGACGACGACGACGCCGACAUCACCUUCCGCUCCUCCGAUGGGGACCUCUUCAACCUUCACAAACUUAUCAUCGCCAAAGCCUCUUCUGUCAUGCGCGACACGUUCACCCUCCCCGAAGCCAGUCUGCCGCAGACUGUGGACCUCGCCGAAGAUGCCAAGACACUCGACGCCCUUUUCCGCCUCAUCUACCCCGCCAAACGCUUAGAAUUCGCAUCAUUGGACGACGUGUGUGCUGUCCUCUCGGCCGCGCACAAGUACGACAUCCCUACUGUCGUAGACAACCUCCAUCUCUCCCUGCGGCUUCUCGUGCCCAGCGAGCCUCUUAGGGUUUACGCCGUGGCCUAUGGUUUUCGGAUGGAGGCCCUAGUCCGCGAAACGGCUAAGCUGCUCGCCCGCGACCCGCGUUGCCAUAUCCCUGUCGCACCCCCACGCGAGCUCCAUACUCUUCCGGCCAUAGCGAUUUAUCACUUGACUCUCUACCAUGAGGACAUUGCCGCGACCACGAAAUCGGUCGCAGAAGACCUAACUUGGAUGUUCACUGGAAACCAUACUUGGACCGGGCUCCGCGAACACGGAUCUGGAUCAAAGUGGCCAAAACUACGGCGUGUCGGAAAAUCCAAAUCGGCCUUGCAAGCCGAAGAUCUCGUAACCGGAUUUUAA